CCAUGUUGCCGCGAGCUUGUUCCGGUAUCAGGGCAGGAUCGUGCGCAUAGACUGCAAUCGGGCGCAGCUCCUCGCCUCUCUCCCCCCGACACGCACCUCCUAACAAGAAAACCACAGUUUACCAAUAAUGGAUUUUACAACCUGAUGAUACUUCCUUCGGUCGGUCGUCACAGGAAUAAUAACGGUCGUUGUACCGACAGGACGGACUGGUAUAUCGCCACACUGCAGUGCAGCACUGGUGAACGACCUUAUUCCAAUCACGCAACACAAGGAAGAGCGCCGGUGAUUUCCGUGGAUUUUGAGUUUUGUGGGCUGUUCUGUGGCAGUCACUGCUGCUGCGGCCGCCGGAGGAUAAAGCUAACUAGCUACCUUGGAUUUGAAAGAAACCCAAAAUUCGCUAGCUACAUGGGCUAAUGACGGCCAGUCAGUUAGCUAGCUCAAUAAAUUAAUUCUUGUUUCUCACCUGCCAUGUGACCACUUCACACAUUGCUGUUUUUAUUUUUCGGAUACCCUGUCUUGGAUAUCUCCCUGGGAAAAAAUCGGAAUUGUUUCGUGUGAGUUGGGAAGGUCGAGACCUCGCCGGGAAUAACUUUGGCCUGAAAGUUUUUAGACCCCGGACCUGGUUUAAGACCUGAAAGGAAACAUCUUUGCAUCAAAAAGAGAAAUAAAGACGAGUGUGGCGCGUUAUGAAAACGACGCAGGAUAAACAUUUGUCAUAGAUUUUGGCGACAUUCGGGGCUUCUCUAGACAUUAGUUAGCAGCCUCACCAGUUAGCAUGCUAGCCACCUAAUUGAACCUUGUCUUGUUCGAUACAACCAUUGCCCAACUUUUCUUCAAGCUAGCCCCAGCAGCUAGCUGGCCAAAACGUCACAGCACCAGGCUGUUAGCUUGGAGGUCGACUUCGACGCUGGUAAAUGCUAAUUAGGAACUGAAUGCCUUCACACCCUAACCGAAAAUAAAAGGACAUUUGCUUUUUUCUGUUUUGUGCUUGUUGACAAACAUGGGACGUGCGGUUGCUGCUAGCUAGUUUCUAGCUAGCUGGCCAACUUGGCUAGCCGCUGAUGUGGGAUUCAACUUGUUGAUUCACUGGCGAUCUGUUGUGCUGCUAGCUGGCUAGCACUGGACAUCUGUUGGAAGUUUCCCUCAACCAUCAUCUAAACGACUUUUAAAUGCACAGCAGAGACUGAAAAAUCGUUCUUGUUUCACUGUUCCUCUCCCCUCUUUGGCAACUCCAAGUCUUUUAAAAAUGUCAACAAGGACUCCAUUGGUGCAAGUCAUUGAAAACUCAGCUGGGCAGGACUCCAAGUCAUCUUCUGGACGCUCCAGCAUGCCGCGAUGUCGGAACUCUGUCGCCACGACCACAUCAGACGACCAGCCACACAUCGGUAACUACCGGUUACUGAAAACUAUCGGCAAGGGCAACUUCGCCAAGGUCAAACUGGCACGGCACGUCCUCACCGGAAAAGAGGUGGCUGUAAAGAUCAUUGAUAAGACACAGCUCAACUCCUCCAGUUUGCAGAAGCUCUUCCGAGAGGUGAGGAUUAUGAAGAUGUUGAAUCACCCCAACAUAGUCAAGCUCUUCGAGGUGAUAGAGACAGAGAAGACUUUGUACCUGGUAAUGGAGUAUGCUAGUGGAGGAGAGGUUUUUGAUUACUUGGUGGCCCACGGCAGGAUGAAGGAGAAAGAGGCCCGUGCCAAAUUCAGACAGAUUGUGUCAGCAGUGCAGUAUUGCCAUCAGAAGUGUAUAGUACACAGAGACCUCAAGGCAGAGAACCUGCUGCUGGAUGCAGACAUGAACAUUAAGAUAGCAGACUUCGGCUUUAGUAAUGAGUUUACUCUCGGGAACAAGCUGGACACUUUCUGUGGCUCCCCACCCUACGCUGCUCCAGAGCUGUUUCAAGGCAAGAAGUACGAUGGGCCAGAGGUGGAUGUAUGGAGCCUGGGGGUGAUCCUCUACACACUGGUCAGCGGUUCACUGCCUUUUGAUGGACAGAACCUCAAGGAACUGAGAGAGCGUGUGCUACGUGGCAAAUACAGGAUUCCCUUCUACAUGUCCACAGACUGUGAGAACCUGCUGAAGAAGUUCCUGAUCCUAAACCCUUCUAAAAGAGGCAGUCUUGAGCAGCAGAUAAUGAGGGACCGGUGGAUGAAUGUGGGCUAUGAGGAGGAUGAGCUGAAACCUUACAUCGAACCGCAGCCAGACUAUAAGGACCCCAGGAGGACAGACAUUAUGUUGCAGAUGGGAUUCUCUCAGGAGGAGAUCCAGGACUCGCUGGUUAAUCAGAAGUACAACGAUGUGAUGGCUACAUACCUACUACUGGACUAUAGGAACUCUGAGCUGGAUGAAGGUUUUAUCAAGCCUCGACCAGGAAGUGAUGUAAGCAACAUAAACGCUCCCUCCCCGCCUCACAAGGUACAGCGCAGUGUGUCAUCCAACCAGAAGCCUCAGAACCGCAGAACCACCGACCAGGGCUCCUCCUACUCUAAGAGGGGGGGUCAAGGAGAUAACCGCACUGCAGGGGAGGAUUCUGGGAGAAAGAGUUCAUCGGGCAGCUCCACUACCAAGGUGCCCGCUAGCCCCUUGGUCUCCUCAGACCGCAAGAAGAGUGCCACACCCUCCACCAAUAGCAUCCUGUCCACUGGUACUGGUCGUAGUCGGAAUUCUCCUCUGACUGAGAGAGCCACGCUGGGUCAGGGGAUUCAAAACGGCAAGGACAGCCUAAACACUCCGGGCUCCCGUGCCUCCACUGCCUCAGCCGCUGCCGUCCUCUCCUCCUCCUCUUCCUCGCGUCCCCGUCACCACAAGUCCCUGUCCUCCUCCAAUCAUCCAUGCCCCUCUGACCUGCACGCACCACGGCCCAGCGCUCCACCUCAGCGGGCGCCCGGUGCCUCCCCAUCUGCCCACAACAUCAGCAGCGCUGCCGUGACAGACCGCAACAACUUCUCCAGAGGAGUGGGCAUACGCAGCACGUUCCAUGCAGGCCAGCAGAGGGGCGCCCGGGACCAGCAGGGCUCCGCCUACCCCGGUGGGCCUGCCUCUCCAUCACUGUCACAUGGUAAUAGCCAGGCCCGGAGGACACAUGGCGCCACUGGGAUUUUCAGCAAGUUCACCUCAAAAUUUGUACGCAGAAAUCUCUCGUUCAGGUUUCCAAGAAGGAGUCCGUAUGAGGGAGAGGGUCGAGAUGAGGGGAGCAGGUCCAUGCUGAGCAGCACCGUGGACAAGUCUGAGAAGACGUCCGGCGGUGUUCUCUCCUCCUCUUCCAACAACGACGAGAACAACUCCUCACCUGGAUCUGGAAACACUGGUGGCACCGGCACUCCCCCAGCCAUCGCCAGCCAGAAGGAUUCGGCCAAGCCACGGUCUCUGCGCUUCACCUGGUCCAUGAAGACCACGUCAUCCAUGGAGCCCAUGGAGAUGAUGCGUGAGAUCCGCAAGGUGCUCGACUCCAACAGCUGCGAGUACGAGCUGCGCGAGCGCUACAUGCUGCUGUGCGUGUCAGGCAACCCGGCGCGCGACGACUUCGUCCAGUGGGAGAUGGAGGUGUGCAAGCUGCCGCGGCUCUCCCUCAACGGCGUGCGCUUCAAGCGGAUCUCAGGCACGUCCAUCGCCUUCAAGAACAUUGCGUCAAAGAUUGCCAACGAGCUCAAACUGUGAGUGCAGAGGAGCAGCGAGGAGAGAUGAGAUGGAGGUGUGAGGAGCAGGAGGGUGAAGGGGGUGCUGGGAUGAAGUUGAUGCUGUAUUUAGGGAGGGGCUGCUGUGGAGGUCAGGAGGUAAGCUAAAGGGUGGGAUCACUUUUAAAGUACCAUGAUUGUUAUCUGGACUUAAGGUCUGAAGUAGGGCUAUAUCAGUUCUCUGAGACUAGAAAAUCCUUGUUUUCUAGAAGUUUUUGUUUAAGUUUAAGGCCCUGCGGUUAGAAACUCUGAGUUCAUUUCCUCUGUUGUGAAGUACUUACAGACUGAGGUGGUCUCUCUGCUGGGGUUUUUGUCACGUUCUACUUAGACGUUCCACUCUUCUGCAUGUCCGAUCUGCUCUCUCUGUUUUUUAGGAGUCACACUUUGAUCACUUUGACCACUCCUGUCACUUCCUGCUAUUUAUUCAGUUUCUCUGCACAGUUUGGGGUUGGGGGAGGGGCUACACUAAACAUAGGGCUGGAUGGUAGAGACGGAGGACAAAGAACUGAAAAAAGAAAAAACAAACUCUGAAUUUCUAACAAGUGCUGAUGAUGGACUACAAAAGAAUGUCCAGGUUGGAAUACGGAGCCUUAUUUAGCUGGAAAACUCCUGAGAUGAGUUUGGAUUGAAUUCUUCAAAACUGAACAGACUCCAGCUGAGCAGAUGCUGUGGCCCUGAAGCCCACAUCUCACACACACACACACACACAUAUAAACACACAAACCGAUGGAUUGUGGAUGGGUGAGCCCUGCUGUUGUUGCUGAACGGACCCUCUCCACCCUCCACCUGCCCCAACCACCCACCCACCCUGAAAAGAACUUCUAAAACCACCCACCUGAUCCACCCUCCCUCUAAUCACACACCCUUCACACCCGUCUCCUUCCUUCCUCUUCGAUCUUUAACUGAACUCAGCACAAACACAUCCAUCCUUUCUGCCUCUUCACUCCCUUUUUUUUUCCUCCUCAUUUUUACGUUCUCUCGCCGUUCAGUCCAAGGAGGCCAGUCCGACUUGAUGUCGCCAUCGAUCCUUCGGGCUGCAGCUUGAGUCCAGUUGUUAUUUUAUUUGUUACUUUUUAACACUUUAGUUUCUUCUUUUAUUGCUUUUAAAGAGUUGUGCACUGGAAAAGAGGGGCAUAUUGUACUGGGGAGGGAAGGACAGACAGAUGAUUCUACGUUGCCUUUCUUUGAAGAAAAGUUGAAAUUUGGGAUUUGUUUUUCUCACACACAUCAGCACAUAAAUACUCAACCAAUAUGUUUUGGGUUUUUUUAUUUUAAUGGUGAUUGCUUCGGUUGGCAUCAAGCCUUCAUAUCCAGAAUGUCAACCCUUGAACCAAGCAGAUUUCUCCCUGUUUUUUUUUUUUUUUGUUUGUUUUUUUUCCAUUCUUGUUUUUGCCCUCUCAUCACUCUGCUUCACGUUCCCAAAGAGCAAACACACAACAAAAAGGUGUCGUCGGAGUCUGUAACAAGCAGUACAACGUGUGUGUGAGUAUAUUAUAACAGAUCACUGGAAAAAAGAAAAACACAAAAAGAGUCAAACAACAACGAAUGGUGAAUUAUUUCCUCUUCUUCUACUUUUUGAUUUGAUAAUAUAUUUUUGUCGUUU